CGCCCACGACCCUCCUCCGCAGCGCGGGCUGGGGGCUAGCGAACGGUCCCGGGCUGAAUGGGCGCGGGCGCGAGCGCGACGCCGGAGCCGGGUGGGGGCGCAGAGCGCGGGGCUCGGGGCCAGCCAGCGCCCCCUCCUUAGUAUGCGCACGAAGGCGGCGGGCGGCGUGGAGCGGCGGCCCCUGCAGCCGCAAACGCAGGCGGCGGCGGCGGCACCUGCCGGCCGAGCAAUGCCAAAUGAUUACAACUCUGUGAGACUGAAAAACAGUUGCUCAAGGCCUUCCCUGGAAUGGUACACCUGUGCUGAGAACAAAAUGAGAAGACCCAGCUUGCUGCUAAAAAACAUCCUCAAAUGUACGUUGCUUGUGUUUGGAGUAUGGAUCCUUUAUAUCCUCAAGUUAAAUUACGUCUCUGAAGAAUGUGACAUGAAAAAAAAGCAUUACGUGGACCCUGACCGCAUAAAGAGAGCUCAAAGAUACGCUCAGCAAAUCCUGCAAAAGGAAUGUCGGCCCAGAUUUGUGAAGACGGCCAUGGCACGGCUAUUUGCACACAGGUAUAGCGUAGACCUGCCGCCCUUCGUGGAGAAGGUCUCCGGAGCCAGUAAGGCUGAGGACAAGUAUGAUCCGCCCUUUGGAUUCCACACUCUCUCCAAUAAAGUCCAGUCCCUCCUGGAAUUACUGCCCGAGCACGACUUCCCUAAACACUUGAAAGCCAAGCACUGUCGGCGCUGUGUGGUGAUCGGAAGCGGGGGAGUCCUGUACGGACUAGAGCUGGGCCAGGCCCUGAACCAGUUCGACACUGUGAUAAGGUUAAACAGUGCGCCAGUGGAGGGAUAUUCCGAGCAUGUUGGAAAUAAAACUACUAUAAGGAUGACCUAUCCAGAGGGGGCACCGCUGUCCGACGCUGAGUAUUAUGCGAACGACUUGUUUGUCACUGUUCUAUUUAAGAGUGUUGAUUUCAGUUGGCUUCAAGCAAUGCUAAAACGUGAAACCCUGCCAUUUUGGAUCCGACUCUUCUUUUGGAAGCAGGUGGCUGAAAAAAUCCCACUACAGCCAAAACACUUCAGGAUUUUGAAUCCAGUUAUUAUCAAAGAGACUGCCUUUGACAUCCUUCAGUACUCAGAGCCUCAGUCAAGGUUCUGGGGCCGAGAUAAGAACAUCCCCACGAUUGGCAUUAUUGCCGUGGUGUUAGCCACACAUCUGUGUGAUGAGGUCAGCUUGGCGGGUUUUGGCUACGACCUCAGUCAACCCAGAACACCUUUGCACUACUUUGACAAUCUGUGCAUGGCUGCUAUGAACUGGCAGACGAUGCACAAUGUGACAACGGAGACCAAGUUCCUCCAGAAGCUGGUCAAAGAGGGCGUGGUGACAGACCUCAGCGGGGGCAUCCACUGUGAAUUCUGAACAAGGCAGAACUCUCCGGAAACUGCAGUGGGGACUGAGGACUGUUCUGAAUCGUCUUCUGGAUGUAUUUCAUCCUGCAAAUACUUUAAAGUGCAGCUAGUAUUUUUAACUUUUAAUUUAAAGAAAACAAAGACAAAGUUUAGCUCUUCCCACUUUUUUUCUAUUUAUUUGAAGACAGCACUUGUUUUUUGCACAACAUUUUAUAGACUACAUUUAAGAACGGAGUUGAAAAGACUUUCCCAAGAGAACCAUGUGAGAUGAUGUUCAUUUUAAGAAAAUAAUUUAACCAGUGAGAACUCUGUCCAUGCAGCAUUCACAUCGAAUGCCAGGUAAUGAAGUGGGAGGAGAGGGGGCCUCACCCCCUCCUUUGUUGAUGCCCCUGAAUGCCUGAUUGGCCCUUGCUGCUCUUUCUGGUGGAACCCAAGGGGGCAGUGUUUCCAGUCACUAAACCACUGGCAGCUGUAGGAGGCCUGGGGCCAGUUGGACAAGUUCAGGGUCCUCGCCUGUUAGUCCCCCCUCCACCAGAAGACUUGCAGAAUCAAUCAGGGAGCUGUCCUGGUAACCCCUUAUCCCCAAGUGUCCUCCGAGUACUGUGAAGCUGUUCCAGGAUGCAGAAGCCACAGUCUUCCCAGCAAUUGCGAAGGCAUUUGAAUUUCUUGAGAAUUUUUUUAUUGCCUUUCCAAAAUAUUUAAGUGUUAUCUAAGAUGUUCCACUGUCUGUCUGAGGUGGUUUAAAAGAUGAGGACAAAGCCUCGCUUUGCAGAGUCAAGGGAAAUAAACCCUUUCCAGGAAUAAUCAGAGUUUCUGAAACACUGAAAUCCAAUCCCCACAGUGUUACAAAUUGCUGAUUUUUAAAAACCCCAGAAUCUUGAAUGCCCACCUGGCAGUGUGUGCCAGAUAAUAUGCUGGUACAAGAAACAAAAUAGAAAAACAACAAUAAAAGCUUUGAGGAGUUUGUGGUCUGGUUAA